AGGUUGGAGCUGCCAAGCGCCCCAGCAUGGGGCGUGCUGCAGAGCGGGGCCGGCGCCGGCAGCCUCCAUCGCGUCCCUCCCGCGCUGAGCUCUCCGGGCAAUAGGGAGGAGGAACAGGCUCUGCCUCCGCUGCCGGGCGCUGCGAGAGCAGAGGGACCGGCCCCGGGCAGAGCGCUAGGCCAGGGCGCGAUGGAGCUGCGGCGCGGGAGGAGGAUGCUGAGGGACCGGCUCCCCGCUCUCCUCCUCCUCCUCCUGGCCUCGGCCUGGCUCUGGCAGCCCGCGGAGGGUCGGCGGCCGCCCCGGCCCCCCCCGUGCCCCCCGAGCUGCUCCUGCACCCAGGACACAGCGUUCUGUGUGGAUUCCAAAGCCGUGCCCAGGAACCUGCCCCCCGAGGUCAUCUCGCUGACGAUGGUGAACGCGGCAUUCACGGAGAUCCGGGAGGCAGCGUUCGCACACAUCCCCUCGCUGCAGUUCCUCCUGCUCAACUCCAACAAGUUCACACUGAUUGGGGACAACGCCUUCGCCGGCCUCUCGCACCUCCAGUACCUGUUCAUUGAGAACAAUGACAUCCAGGCGCUCUCAAAGGCCACUUUUCGUGGGCUCAAGUCCCUGACCCACUUGUCUUUGGCCAACAACAACCUACAGACGCUGCCCCGGGACCUCUUCAAGCCACUGGACAUCCUGAGUGACCUGGACCUCCGUGGCAACACGCUGGCCUGUGACUGCCAGAUCAAGUGGCUGGUGGAGUGGCUGGAGAGCACCAACACCACGGUCCCCGCCGUGUUCUGCAGCAGCCCCGGGCACUUUGAGGGGCAGCGCAUCCAGGACCUGGUGCUCGGGGACUUCCAGUGCAUCACCACGGACUUCGUGGUGCACCAGGUCCUGCCCUUCCAGUCGGUGUCGGCCGAGCCCUUCACCUACGCCAGUGACCUGUACGUGGCUCUGGCACAGCCCGGUGCCAGCAGCUGUGCCAUCCUCAAGUGGGACUAUGUGGAGCGCAAGCUGCGAGACUUUGACCACAUCCCGGCUCACUCCGCAGUGCACUGCAAGCCCAUCGUGGCGCAGGAGCAGCUGUACGUGGUGGUGGCCCAGCUCUUCGGUGGCUCCUACAUCUACCGCUGGGACACCACCGUGGACAAGUUCAUCAAGAUCCAGGACAUCGACAGCCAGAAGAUCCGCAAGCCCAAUGACAUCGAAGCCUUCCAGAUUGAGGGGGAGUGGUACUUCGUGAUCGCCGAUAGCUCCAAAGCAGGCUCCACCAGCCUCUACCGCCUCAACCAGAACGGCUUCUACUCCCACCAGGCGCUGCACGCCUGGCACCGCGACACCGACGUGGAGUACGUGGAGAACGAUGACAAACCCCGGCUCAUCGUCGCCAGCAGCUCCCAGGCGCCCGUCAUCUACCAGUGGAACCGGGCGCAGAAGCAGUUCGCGCCGCAGGGGGAGGUGGGCGAGAUGCUGGACGUGCAGAUGGUGAAGCACUUCAGGGUGAAGCGGGACCAGUUCCUCUGCCUCAGCCGCUACAUCGGUGACUCCAAGGUGGUGCGCUGGGAAGGGCAGCGCUUCGUGGAGCUGCAGACACUGCCGUCCCGUGGCUCCAUGGUGAUGCAGCCCUUCUCUGUGGGGCAGCGGCAGUACCUGGCCCUGGGCAGUGACUUCUCCUUCACCCACGUCUACCUGUGGGAAGAGGAAAAGCAGAAAUUCGCCAAGUUUCAGGAGCUGCUGGUGCAGGCGCCCAGGGCUUUCCGCUCCGUGCUGGCCGCCGACGUGCAGCUCCUCCUGGCCCCAAGCUUCAAGGCGAAAACGCUGGUCUACCGGCACGUGGUGGUGGACCUCAGCCUCUAGAUGCGGCCCCCGAGCUGCCAGCGUGGCCCCAGCGUGGCUCUUGCCUCCCCCAAGAGCUGCCUGCUCCUGCCUGGGGACACGCAUGCACCCAACUGCCCCACGGUCACAACCCCUCCCGUGUUCACCCGCCCCUCCGACUGUCCCCAGGGCAGCACCCAGCUCCACAGCCCCCAGUUUCCCCCCAGGACUCCUGGGUAGCACCCACAGGCAUCCCAUGGGAUGUGGGCAGGAUGGUGGGACACCCCUCGCCCUGCAGGCCCAUGGAUGCCUGGUUGGGCUGGCAGCGAUGGGAGGAGCAGGGGGGAAUGGGCUGGAGGCUGCAGUGGGGAGGUGGGGGGGGGGGGUGGAUGGGAUGCUCCCUGAAUACUGAGGUGCUCCCAGGUGGGUGGGAUGCUCAAGGUGGAUGGGAUGCCCAGAGGAGGGCAGGAUGCUCGAGGCCAGGGGAUUGCUGUGAUGUGGAUGGGAUGCCUCAAGGCAGAUUAGGCCAGGGGGAUGCUCCAAUGUGGAUGCAGAUGGGAUGCCCUGAGGAGGACAGGAUGCUGGAGGCCAGCUGGAUGCUCUGAGGCAGUGCCACCACCACCAGAAGCAGGGCUGACCUGCUCCGGUCCCCCUCCGUGCAUGUCCGGGCGGUCUCUCUGCCCGCUGCCAGGCAGGACGUGGCGUUCCAGCGGUUCCUGAGCUGUACAUGCCCACCAAAACGCUCCCACAAUAAACACACUGUGAGUGCUGCCUGC